AUGCUGGCAUAUGUGCAGAAUCACUCUCCGAGCAUCGUCGUGUUCGAGAAUGUAGAUACCAUGGACGACAGGGGCGAUGCUACUUCCAAUCUCGGUAUUCUGCUCGCAGAAAUGUCGAACCGUGGAUACGAGAACCAAGUCAUCAUGAGCGAUGCUGCAAUGUUCGAGCUGCGGGCUAGAAGGCGGCGUGCGUACGUGCUUUUCCUGAUGCUUGGCUUUAACUGGAGAAGAGGAAAGCAGCAGGCUCGGGAGUUUGGCGAGAGGUAUAUUUCAUCCAUGUUUGCAACGGUACGGGCCUUCAUGUCAUCGUGCAUACGUACCUCUUGCUGUGCCACGGAGAUUUUUCUUCCAAGUGACCAUGCUUUUGCGGUCUCUGACCUGGAGAUCUGCCAGAAAAAGCAGGAAAAGCUAAGGGAGCUCCAGGCAAAGUCGGGACCCACGGCUCAGACUUGGAUGGAUUCGCACAUGUUUUUCGCAAGAAGUCUCAAGUUUCGUUGGGGCGAAGCCGUGCCCCGAGAACUCAAAGAGAAUGAGUGGUACCAGACACUUACAGAGCGAGAGCAAGAUGCCUUACGGCUGGCCAAAAUCCAAUCGCCGUCGGUGCUAUUUCGUGAUAUCUCCCAAGCAGUACGCAGAGUGAAUAGCCCGACACUGGAUUCAGUCCCCGGGGUGCAUGUGUUGCCGACUAUUUUGCCGAAAAUGCAGCUGUGGUACGAGAAACAAUCCCGUGCAUGGCUGGGAUGCGAAGCCAUGAUAUGUCAAGGCUAUCCAAUUUUGCCACUGAAGCGGCCUCAGGCCUGGACAGCAACGGAAGUUUUGUUGCAAGAAUUCGCCGGCAAUGCGAUGGCCCUCCCAGUGGUGCUGGCGAUCUUGCAGAGCAUAUUUGUAUCCUUUUCAUGGGCACCUGCCGCUGCUGAAGCCACGACCGCGCGCACACUGCGGAGAGCAGUCAGCCAGGAGGACGUGCUUCAGGCUCUGUCGGCGCUUGCGCAGGUCUCUGACCGUGCCGAUGCGCCUCCAGCGAGGAAUGCUCCCACGUCGCUGGAAGAGCGUAUUCGCAAGCGGGCGAAGCAGGCCAUGGCAGAGUAUUGGUACGACGAGGCCGUGAAGCAGGGGCUAGAGAUGGACGGCCAAACCUACGCGACGCUGGUCCUGGCAGCCGAAGCCCAGGGCGAGGAGAAGCAGGCAUCCGCCUGGUUCCGCGAAGCGUGCGCGAGGCAAGCCAGCUUCAAGGAUAGCUUUGUCGAAAAACUACUGUCGAUUCUUGUGGAUCGCGGAGACAACGACAAUGCCCGCAGCUGGCUGGGUCGCGCGCAGAAGGCUGGCAUUGAGUGCAAUGGGGGUAUGCUGCGGAGCGUCUUCCGCCAGCUCAUGAGGUCCAGCAGCUUUCAGCUUGAAGGCUACAUCGAGCAGACCGAGCGUCGCGCCAUUACACCGGCACAGCUGAAGCGCGUGGUGGACUUUGCCAGCGCACAUUGCAGGCGGUGGCACGACCGAAGCUCUUGCUCCUGGACAGGAGGGCAAACGCUGUCCAUGGACUUCCUAAACCUCUACCAUUUGACGGACUGGGUCAUCCUACCUGCAACGCAGGCGGAUUGCUGUGCCAUGGUGGAGUUGCUAACAGGAGAGCCGCAGGCGCCGACCUGGUUCGUAUCGCAUUGGUGGGGGGAGCCUUUGCACUGCUUUGUCAGCUGCAUCGAGCGCCAUGCCCAGACGCGGGCACUACCGGACUCAUCGGCGUACUGGGUUUGCGCCUAUGCCAAUCGCCAGCAUUCUUUGAGCGAGGAGGUGACGUCGGACCCACGUCAGACGAGUUUUUUUCGGGCGCUCACGCUGAGCGAGGGAGUGCUGCUGAUUUUGGACGAUGUCGCCGAGCGUUCUGGGCCCGCCACGCCCUUCAAGAGGAUAUGGUGCGCUUUUGAGGAGUACGUGGCGCUGAGUUCACGACAGGGAGAGCAGAAGCCGCUGUUGCUGGACAUCGCAGCUUAUCACGGCAGCAAGCCCGAAAUACUCAGCGACGGUGUCACCGAAGAGGAUGAGCGUCUCGCACGGCAGCUCGGAGCAGGCCACCCCGCAGCCAAAGUGCGCGGAGAUCGCGAGAAACAUUUUCCUCUAGAGGUGCUAAAGGCCGGCCUGUCCCUGGAGCUGGAGAAGGCCCAGGCCAGCCAGGAGGCGGACCGCGUCCACAUCCUGAACUCCAUCGCCGGCCGUUCCUUGGACGAUCCGCCCUUGGAUUCGCAUCCGAGCUACACCCGUGUCAACCAGACUCUGCGGGGCAUCUUCGCCGUGGCAGGUUGGAGACAGGCCGUCGAGCGGGGUAUCGUGGAGGCUUUGGACUUGACGACCGUCCUCGCCCAGGACGAGCACCGGACCGAGUUGAACUUGGACUUCACAGGUUCGAUACUUGUCUCGGAUGCCGCCGCCCUGGAGAUCGCACGCGGUCUGCCCCCGAAACUGGAGUCGUUGGGGAUCAGCUGCCGCUGGUGCACUGAGAUCAGUCAUGAUUUUCUCAUCCAGCUUGCACCGGCCCUUCCGGCCACCCUGACUCGGCUUUCGUUGCAACUCGACCGAGCGGCGAUUUAG